CAUCUCCUCUGGACUUUACUGAGAGCAGGACCAACCCUCAGUGGCAUUAACGCAGAAUGGAUAUCAAAGUGUUGGCACUCGUGGCUGCGCUCACUGUGGUGACAUAUGCGCCUCUAGCUCAAGCAAAGCCCAUCAGCCUGGUGGAGAGAUGCUAUUGCCGCUCGACAGUUAACAACCUUCCACGGGGCUACAUCCGAGAGCUCAGGUUCAUCAACACGCCCAACUGCCCCUUCCAAGUCAUUGCCAAGCUGAAGUCAAACAAAGAGGUGUGUGUGAACCCAGAGGUCCGGUGGCUGAAGCAGUACAUGAGGAACGCUAUCAACAAGAUGAGGAAAAACAAGCAGGCCAACUGAAAUAAAAAUCCCGCAGAGAUCCUCCUGAGUCACCACUGAGGAUUGGGACCCUCCUGAGAUCAUCUGGUAUGUUGAACAGCACUUAUCCCGGCCGCCGGGCUGACGCGGCCAUUUGCAUGGAACGAAUCUACGACCCCUUCACCGUGAACACCGAUCCACCAGCCUCCACCACCGUCUGUCGCCAUCACCACUUUCACCACUUUAUAGAGGUCAUAGAUGUUAUUAGUGUGAAGUGCAAUUAUAUCUGUGAGUGUAUGUUUUUCUCAAUAUAAUGUAUAUACUUUCUUGUUAAUGGACUUCAACAGUAAAGAGCUAUUUUUGGAGAUAUCUCUCGUUCCUCUGGCCUUUUCUGUCAUUUAGGGUAAAGGACCUAUACCUCAGGGUUGGGUCUGAGUCAAAGGGUUUUUCUCACCACCAAACACGAGGCAAAUGUCUAACUUGCAAGUAGCAAAAGAACUGGAGCCUGCUGAGCCAGGAGAAAACAGAUUUAUCUUAACUAAACCUAACCUAAACAUGAGCUCCAGUAAUUUUGAUUGCCUCUGAUUUUAAAAUGUAAUGUUUGGAUUCUCAUCUAAAAACCGAGGAACACAGCGGCAGAGUCAUAUUUCAUGUUUAGUUAAUUGGGAGCAUGAUAUUUCAGCGGGGGCCAGCUACCCCCAGAAUGAUUAUACACAACGUAUUCAAGAUCCUAGUAAAAAUGGUAAUUACAAUGUUUUUGUGGUGGAAAUUAGGAUGCCAAAAAGGGCCCGAGCAUUUCCCGAGCCGGUGAGCAGCUGGAUCCCAAGUAUGUUUAAUGUAGGAGCCAAUAAAUCUAAAAUAUGGUGGAAUCCUAAAUCAGUGUCAGUCAACCAAUCAUCAAAAGAUGUACUCUGUUUGAAAUAACCUCUUAGUAUGAAUGUCCAUUUGAAAGAAGGGUGUACAGAAAUUUUGAAAAUAGUUACAGAUUCAAUAGUUAAAACUCAAGGCCGUGUUUUUCUACAGCAGACAAAGUAGCACCAGUACUGAUUACAAACCCAUGUACCUAGAUGUGACUACCCAAUACUGUCAUGCAGAUAGCAAUGCACUUUAUAUAGGAUGUAUUAAUGUUUUAACAACAAAAAAUGACUAUUACUCACUCAGUCUGAUCAUUCAAUUCUGUCUUCAGUCUUUAUUUUUUAUGUCUAUCUUGCUCUUUCCCGUUCCUUUCUCAUUUUUUUUUAUCAAUGAAUGUGCAGCUGCAUUUAGGGAAAUAUGUUCAUCCAUUCGUCCAAAUCUCCCCCUCAUAUGUGAAAUGAAUAUGAUACAAAUGUUUUAUUUUUGUACUCUUUUAUGCAUUUAUAUAUUCAGUGCAACAUUUUUAAAUGAAGGAAUUGUACUCUCACAAUCGAGCCAUAAACAGUCGAAGUAAAACUUGUCAGUAAAAAAAAAGGAAAUCUUUAAAAUGUUAUAGCUACUCUUUUAAUAUAUGAUGUAUGUUAUGAGUAUUUUCAUAAAUAUAAAUAUAUGUAUACACGUUUAUUCGGCUUUGGGACUCCCUCAUGUUUUUAGUCAGUGUAACGCAGGCUUUUCCAGAGCCAACACACACAGCUGGAGGAAUCUUACUGUACCAGUGGGUCAGAGGGUAAAUCUGAAGCUUUGAUGUGAGAACAUGUGUUUAGCUUUACUCACAAGGGCAAACCAAAGGCAAGGACAAUGAUCCUGCCUGUGAUUUAACUAUUAACUCAACAAGCGGCCAUUAGGAAAACAUUAGGGCUGAAAAGGGAUGAACUUUUAACUUCCCUCUGAGGGCAUUAUGUGGGGCGGAGCACGGUAGUAUAUGUGGCUCGCUGAUAGAAACAUAAGGGGGGGAGAUAAACGGCGCUGAGUGGCAGCACGCAACUGGUUUUGCGACAUUUGCUGUCCAGCUUUGAAGUCCAGUUUAAACGUGAUAAAAAUCCGAGACAGGAGGAGAUAGAGCCAUUGAUUUGUCUCAAUUUGGAAUGGAAAUUGAUCACAUACUGUAUAAUCACUGCCUGACCUGAUUGUGUUCGACUGUGUGAAAUGUGUCUGUCUGCCGGAAUCUGCAAGUAGCAAUACAUACUUUCCUCCUCUGCAAUGUUAAGAUUAAGCUUCACAUCUCUACCACUAUAAAGCAUUUAAGAUAAUGGUUCACUGACAAGAUUUGCAUUAAACUUUAUACGACAAAUA